GUUUCUAGGGCCGAGGAGGAAGUCGGCCCGUCGCCAUCGCCCCCGCGCGACCGGAGGCUCUCCCUCUCUCUGCCUCCCCGUUGCCUGCCGUUCUCCCCCGGGCUGCUUCCCUCCGUCUCGCCCUCCUUCAGGCCGGCCUCCUUCUCUGAGGAGAGGGGGCUCGCUCCAUGGAAGAAGAAGAAGCGAGAGCAGCAGGGAAGGGCCGCUCCUGAGGGGCCUCGUCCGCCUCUUCCUCCUCCUUCGCCGCCUGGUCCUUCUUCCCUCGGACGGGGAGGAGGAUGGCGGCGGCCCCGACCCAGCUGGAAGCCGAGCUCUACUACCUGGUCGCCCGCUUCCUCCAGGCAGGGCCCUGCAAGAAGUCCGCCCAGGUCCUAGUGGAGGAGCUGGAGGAGUACCAGUUGAUCCCACGGCGUCUGGAUUGGCAAGGCAAGGAGCACCGGAGAAGCUUUGAGGAUCUGGUAGCAGCCAAUGCUCACAUCCCCCCAAAUUACUUGCUCAAGAUUUGUGAGCGGAUCGGACCCUUAUUGGACAAGGAGAUCCCACAGAGUGUUCUUGGGGUGCAAACUUUACUUGGAGUGGGUCGCCAGUCCUUGCUACGAGCAGCCAAAGACUGCAGGCACACGGCAUGGAAGGGAUCAACCUUUGCAGCACUCCACAGAGGCAGGCCUCCAGAACUACCUGUAAAUUACGGAAAACCACCAAAUGUGGUAAAUAUAAUCUGUGCCAGGCAGACAACUGGAUAUGGACGCUUCAGCCAUUUGUUCCCAUCAUCCUUCUAUCAGCACAUUAAGAUGCACAAAAGGAUUUUGGGACAUUUGUCAUCUGUAUAUUGUGUAGCGUUUGAUCGCAGUGGGAGAAGAAUUUUCACAGGUUCAGAUGAUUGCCUGGUGAAAAUCUGGGCCACAGAUAAUGGACGUUUGCUCUCAACACUCCGAGGACAUUCAGCUGAAAUUUCGGACAUGGCUGUCAGUUAUGAAAACACCCUCCUUGCUGCAGGCAGCUGUGAUAAGGUGGUCCGAGUCUGGUGUCUUCGAACCUGUGCACCAGUCGCGGUGCUGCUGGGCCACUCGGCUUCCAUUACUUCCAUCCAGUUUUCUCCAGCAAGAAAAGGAACAACCCGAUACCUCACUUCAACUGGUGCUGAUGGAACCAUCUGCUUCUGGCAAUGGCAUUUAAACACAAUGAAAUUUAAGGAUCGGCCGGUCAAAUUUGCUGAGCGGUCCCGGCCUGGUGUUCAAAUAUCUUGUUCAUCCUUCAGCUCUGGUGGUAUGUUCAUUGCAACAGGGAGCACUGACCAUGUCAUAAGAAUAUAUUAUUUGGGCUCUGAAUCUCCAGAAAAAAUAGCUGAGCUGGAAUCUCAUACGGACAAAGUAGUUGCCGUUCAGUUCUGCAAUAAUGGAGAUAGAUUAAGAUUUGUCAGUGGAAGCCGAGAUGGAACCGCCAGAGUAUGGCAAUAUCAGCAGCAAGAAUGGAAGAAUAUAGUGCUGGACAUGGCUACAAAGAUGACUGGGAACAGCCUGCAAUCUGGUGAAGACAAGGUGUCAAAGCUCAAGGUUACUAUGGUUGCUUGGGAUCGAUAUGACAGCACUGUAAUAACCGCAGUUAACAAUUUCCUUUUGAAAGUGUGGAACUCUUCUACGGGUCAGCUUCUUCACAGCCUGUCUGGGCAUGAUGAUGAAGUAUUUGUUUUGGAAGCACAUCCCUUUGACCAAAGGAUCAUGCUUUCUGCAGGCCAUGAUGGGAACAUUUUCAUUUGGGACCUCGAGAAAGGAACAAAAAUCCGCAAUUACUUCAAUAUGAUUGAGGGCCAAGGCCACGGUGCUGUCUUCGAUUGUAAAUUCUCCCCGGAUGGUCAGCAUUUUGCCUGUACGGAUUCACAUGGACACCUUCUGUUGUUUGGCUUUGGGUGCAAUAAAUACUUUGAAAGAAUUCCAGAUCAGAUGUUCUUCCACACAGAUUACCGUCCCCUCAUCCGUGAUUCUAAUAACUAUGUGCUAGAUGAACAAACCCAGCAGGCUCCACAUCUCAUGCCUCCCCCCUUCUUGGUAGAUGUGGAUGGCAAUCCUCACCCCACAAGAUACCAACGACUGGUGCCGGGGCGGGAAAACUGUAAAGACGAACAACUCAUUCCUCAACUAGGAUAUGUGGCAAAUGGGGAUGGUGAGGUUGUGGAACAAGUGAUUGGGCAGCAAACCAAUGACCACGAAGAGAGCAUCCUUGAUGGGAGGAUUAGGGAGCUGCAACGUGAGCAAGAUAGGAGGAGGCUUAAUGAUGGCGAAACUCCACCAAAUCCUCCACAAAGCAGAUUGCAGUCUGUUAACAUAGCUUUAAGAAGCCCAAGUUUGGAUAUUGCUUCCCCUCCAAAUGUUGGGCUUAGGCGAAGUGGCCAGAUUGAGGGUGUUCGGCAAAUGCAUCACAAUGCUCCCAGAAGUCAGAUGGCCACAGAAAGAGACCUCAUGGCAUGGAGUCGGAGAGUGGUUGUGAAUGAGUUGCACCCAGGGAUUAGCAGAGUUCAGGAGGAAUGCCGAACGGCCAAAGGCGAAUUAGAAAUCCAUCUGUAUACACUUGAAAAGAAGAGAAAACCUUCCCACACUUUGCAAAGGAGUGAAUAUCCACCUGGCAGUGGGAGGUCAUUGCGAAGAAACCAACGUAAGCGCCAACAUGCUUAUCAGACACGCUCCACCAUUGAUCAUCAAUCCCAAGGUGCAAGGAGAAGUUCACAUACCCAAGAAGACUCUGAAAGCUCCUCUGAGGAAGAUGAUACUGCUGGCACCAGUGAGGCAUCUGUGGAUGAUAAUGUGGCUGCCUGGCAAAGCGAAAGCAGCUCCAGUGAUUCGUCCAGUGAAUAUUCCGACUGGACUGCAGAUGCUGGGAUUAAUCUUCAGCCUCCAAAAAGGCAAACGAGACAAGCAGCUCGCAAAAUUUGUAGCAGCUCUGAAGAUGAAAAUGUAAAAGAUACAAAGGGACCAGAAGAGAAACGCAAGAAACCCAAACAAGCUCGGAAAAAAAAACCCAGUGGAUUCCUUUCAACGGAUGGUGAACCCACAGAAGAAUGGUUUGCCCCCCACUGGAUACUGGACACAAUCCCACGGCGUUCCCCCUUUGUCCCACAAAUGGGUGAUGAGGUGAUCUAUUUCAGACAAGGGCAUGAAGCUUACGUGCGUGCCGUCAGAAAAGCAAAAAAUUACAGUGUUAACAUACAGAAGCAACCAUGGAAUAAAAUGGAACUCAGGGAACAAGAAUUUGUGAAGAUUGUGGGAAUUAAGUAUGAGGUCGGACCGCCUACGCUUUGCUGCCUGAAGCUUGCCUUUCUGGAUCCAAUCACGGGCAAAAUGACGGGGGAAUCAUUUUCCAUCAAGUAUCACGAUAUGCCAGACGUUAUUGAUUUCCUUGUGCUCCAUCAGUUUUAUAAUGAAGCCAAAGAAAGAAACUGGCAGAUCGGGGAUAGAUUUCGCAGCAUAAUAGACGAUGCCUGGUGGUUUGGGACAGUGGAAAGUCAGCAGCCAUUUCAGUCCGAGUAUCCGGAUAGUUCCUUCCAGUGCUACAGUGUUCACUGGGACAAUAAUGAAAGAGAAAAAAUGAGCCCUUGGGAUAUGGAGCCAAUUCCAGAAGGAAUAGCAUAUCCAGAGGAGAUUGGGGCUGGCAUUCCUGUGACCUCAGAGGAGCUGGCGUCCCUCUUGUACAAACCCCAGGAAGGCGAGUGGGGCUCCCAUUCCCGAGAUGAAGAAUGUGUGCGGGUUCUUCGGGGCAUAGAUCAACUGUUGUCUUUAGAUAUGUCCAAUCCAUUUGCUGUCCCAGUGGACCUUAGUGCCUAUCCUCUGUAUUGCACUGUGGUUGCUUAUCCAACUGACCUCACCACAAUAAGGAGAAGACUUGAAAACAGGUUUUACAGGAGGAUAUCCGCUCUGAUGUGGGAGGUACGAUACAUCGAACACAAUGCCAGGACUUUCAAUGAGCCCGAUAGUCCUAUUGUUAAAGCAGCCAAAAUCGUAACAGAUGUCUUACUGCGCUACAUUGGGGAUCAGAGUUGUACGGAUAUUCUGGAAAUCUAUAACAAAGUGAAAGCUGAAGACCUGAGUAGCACAGAUGAAGAAGAGGUGGCAGAAGCAUACGCAGAUUCAGAUGGUCCCGGAACCUCAUCUGGGAAGAGAACGGUAAAGCGGCAGGUGAAAAAGCAGCCCUCCAAAGCCCAUGUUGAUGCUUGGAAAGAACAGUGCAAGCAGUUACUGAGCCUGAUCUACGAACGUGAAGAUUCUGAACCAUUCCGACAACCUGUUGAUCUCUUUUCUUACCCUGAUUAUCGGGAUAUUGUCGACACUCCAAUGGACUUCAGCACUGUGAAAGAAACUUUGGAAGCGGGUAAUUACACCAACCCCCUUGAAUUCUACAAAGACGUCCGCUUGAUAUUCUGCAACUCCAAAGCAUACACACCGAAUAAAAAAUCAAGGAUCUACAGCAUGACACUCCGACUAUCUGCCUUAUUUGAAAACCAUAUUAAAACCAUCAUUUCCGACUACAAGUUCGCUGUGCAGUGCCAAAAGAGACAAAGGCCGCGGUUAAGGUACCGAAAACGGCUCCGGAGCAGCAGCAGUUCUUCCUGUAGUAGCAGAGCGCCUAGUCCAAAAAGAAAACAAAAGCAACUCAAGACGCAGCCUAAAACAAACCUUGAUACCUCAUUGCCUGUAACUAGGACUAAUUCUUCAGUCUCAUCUCACGUUUCAGAUACUACUGAGGAAUUGCCUGGCUCCGUUGCUGCUGAAGAGAUGGAAAGUCAUCCAUCCUCAUCUAGUUCAAAUACCCAGAAUCGUAGUGGAAAUGACAUCGAACCAGGGAAAAACAGACCAAUCAGAAAUAAAUCAACACCAGUUAAACAAGAUCAGCCUCCUGAUAAACCCCUGACAAAUGGUGAUGGGAGAGAACCUCGCUCAACGAUCAAGCGAAAGCUGUUGAGUGCAUCGGAAGACGAUGAGCACACAGAUGAGGAAAAGGAGCGAGAGCCCAAAGAAAAGCCCAGUUUGUCCUCCUCGGAGAGUGGGGAUUCGCAGUCGAGCUCAAGUUCUGAAAGUAGAUGUGCCUCUGACUCAGACUCCGAAUCAAACUCGAAGACAGACCAGGACUACAUAGAUGGGGAUCACGACUACAGCAAAUCGGUUCAGGUGAAACCAAGAAGAAAACUCCAAAGGAGCGUCUCCAGGGGACAAAGGAACUGGCAGGGCAGAGGGACGGCGAAAAGAGGGAGAUGGGGCCGAUGGGGCCGAUGGAGCAGAGGAGGACGAGGCAACCGGGGAGGGAGAGGCCGCAGCCGAGGAAGAAGAGGAACCCGGGGAGGAAAGAGGGGGCGCAGGAGAGGGGCCUCCAGAGGGGCCUCCAGGGCCAAGCGCCCGCGGAUGGUGGAGGACGAAUUUGAGAACCUUUUUGGUGGCCGCUUCAGCGAGAACGCCUUUGGCGGCCGCUUCAGUAGGCCCCCUCGGAUUAAAACGAGGAACGAGGGGAGGAGAACCGUUUUGUAUAACGACGAUUCGGACAAUGACACUUUUGUGCACACUGAAGAUCCCUUGAACCUUGGCACCUCUAGGUCGGGCAGGGUACGGAAAAUGACAGAAAAGGCCAGGGUCAGCCAUCUCAUGGGAUGGAAUUAUUGACCGGUGGGAAAUGACGGCGGGACUUCAACGGCUUUCUUCUGCAGGGAUUCUUGCCCGAAAAUCUACUUAAGCAAAUGGUGGAGGGACUCCACUCACCUUUUUUUCUGUGGUGCUUUUCCAUUUUACGUGUUUGAAGACUUCUGAUUGCCACCCAUCCUUGGCCAAAGAAGCCUUACCCAUGCAUUUCUAUUUUCUGUAGCUAUGCUUUCCCACACUACACCUUGAAUUUGUCACAGGACUGUGGCAACUCAAUCAUGUUUUUGAAGUCUUUCCUCGUUCCGUUGUGUGCGAAUGUGUGUGUAUGCGUGCAUUAUAGAAACAGCACCUUCUUGCAUCAUUCUGCCAUGAAUUCCUUACUUACCAUAAUAACUUUUGCACAAUACAUCAAUCCUAAAGGCAGCUAUAAAAUGUUUACAGUUUCUCUCUUGUGUGCAGGAUCUGGAUUAUGUUAAUCUUCCCAGGCCAAACUUUCAUGAACUUUAAAUGCGUUCCUCUUUGGGUAACUUGAGAAUGUUUUUCCCAAUGUUUUAUCAUUCAGAAUUUUAAACAAGAGGAAAGGAUUGGUGCCUUGUAAAUAUGUAGCAACCUUUUGACGUGAGAUGUCUAACAGGUGUUAACAUUAAUAUAGUAGAAAGCAUACUUGAGAACAAUGAAUAUCUAGCCACACUGGUGCCAAAUGCAAAAGUUGACUUGUAUCUAUCAUCUUUUUUGCCACUCUCAUCUCUUUAUAACAUUGAUCAAUUGCCACUCAGAUAUUAACAUCAGUGUUGAGGUGGUCACAUCUCGCCAAACAUGUUUCUUCUAGUAGCGUAGCUACCUCCUGACUUGCAAAUAAUAAUAGAAAAGCCUUUACAGAGGGAGGAUCUCAUCUGGUUUUCUUCAUUAAUGGACCCUUCAUAGUUUAUGCGGCAGGGGCAGACGCCCAAUAAUCCACGAAAUAACCACAAAAUGGCCUCCAGUCUGACAAUCGUACUCAGCAUGUUUUUCACUGUUUUGCUGGUUAGAUGGUCAGUUGCUCUUGCAGACUCUCCAAUCCCACCACAGUGUUUUUGGCUUUAUUUAGCCAUCCAAAUAUUAACAGAUUUCUUUUUGCACCAUUGUAUUUUUGGAAACUCUUAUGUCUUUGUGUUGUGUUUGUGUGUUAGACACUUGUAACAUCUCAAGUGUCUAGAAAAUAAUGUAUGCCUUCGCAUCCAAAGUCUGCUAAAUGGCAUGGGACCUCCUAUAUAUACUCUCAAAUCUGUUGAAUGGCUUUUCCGUUCACUCGAAAAUGGAGGCACUUUCAUUUCUCUGUAUCUGACUUUUCCCAUUGAUAUAAACAGGGAGGCUUAUAAAUGGAGUACAUCUGCAUGUGAGUUAUGUCAUGGAUGCAAUGGCAUAUAAUUUCAUACUGGAAAAAUGCAUUGCACGGUGCUCUAAUAAUGGUGUUUAAAGGUAUAUCAAAAUAUAUCACACCAUACGAAGUAUUAUUUUCUUGUUAUUCAAGGUUGGAACAUAUUAAUGUGUUUUCUCCCUCUUGAGAUAAAAAAUAUUGCUUUAUUCCUUUGAGGAAAGUAUAAAUCAUAAUGUACAAUAUGAAACCUUACAUAGGAGGAUUGAGGAAAUACCUGAAAACCAUGAUGAAUUCAAAUCUUCCAUUUUUUAGUCUUGCAGAAAGAUAUUUUACCAAGCAGGCUUGGUCUAUAACAUGAUGGUCACAAAAUGAUAGCAGUAUUGUUUAUAUGCUGUAUGUCAUAAAAUACACAUACAGUUUUGAUUCAAUAACUAAAAUAAAUAUUCUAAAAAGUCAGAUGGACAGACAUUUCCCACAUUGAUAAGGAUUGCUAAAGGAAAAUAAAAAGUCUUAACAAAUAAUAAAAUUUAGAUAACCAAGCCUGAAAGAUCGAGACUGGAGAAUAAAACAAGAUUCCCUGUGCUUCUCCCCUCUGUAAGACCAGGAAUAUAUUGACGCUUGGUCUUCAUUUAUUUUGCAUCGAUCUCCGCAAUCUCUUCACUUCUGUGACGUUUCACCCUGAGUGUUUAAAGCUUGAGUUGACUCUCAAAAUUCUGAGUCUUUUGUCUUGGUUUUUUUUGUAUGUUUCUCCAAUCCUUCUCUGCCUGUAUUUCCUGGUCCCCGCAGAUUUUAUUAUUUGCCCUCACUUCUGCCAUUUUGUAUGUGUCCUAGUAUAAACCCCCAAUAUUCCUACCUGGCAAUAACUUGAUUUCAUUAUGCCGAUACCAAAUUAACAUUUGUCCACAAAAAGCAUAUGUAUAUAGAAAGGAAGAUGUAGUGGCUUUUGUUAGGGAGCCGUUGAACAAACUGAACUUUAUUGACUUUAUGUGGUUGGUUAUUCAAAUUACAAAACCUGAAUUCCAUAUUUUUUUUCUUUUCUGAAUUGAGUUAAGACUUCUGCCUUCCUGGUUCUUAGGCUGCUUGGGCCAUUUGGCAGAUGGAAUAUUAUGGCUUUGGGCUUUCGAUUAGGACCACAAUGUGACAUCUUCUGUAAUACCUAGUCUGGCAUACCUAGUCCCUACAGAUUCAGAGAUGAUAGAGAAGAAAGCUUUGAAUUUUAAAUGUAAGCUUUGUCUUGUACAAAGAGCUCCUGUUGAGAGCAAUACUGGACUUCAUCUGAAAUAUAUUUAACGCUUGGGAGAACAUCUUAGAAGUCCAAUCAAAUGAAGUGCGUUUAAUCAAUUCUCUCUUUUUCAUUUAUACAAACGUUCUCUUGUGUCAUCAAGAAGGUUUAUAAUUGUGUUUGCUCACUGUCAAAAGUGAAAUCCAGGGUUUUUUAGUUUCAUUUUCUCUUGCAGAAUCAAAGGCUGAGAGGUUCUAGUAUUUCUGUGGAGGGAACAAAGCUGCUUACAGAUCCCUGCAUCUGGUUGGUUUGUUUUUGGUAAUCAUAACUGGUUCCUGGGUAUGUUUAAAAGCAUUAAUUCCAAUAAUACUUUACUGGACUCAUAAAAAUUGAAUAAUGUAUCAAUCGCCGCUCAUAACAUAUUGAGAUGAAUGGAGAUGGACUCGAUUUCGGUAGAACACAAUUCACCCUCUUUACCUUGCAAACAACUGCGAAUUGCAAUGCCAUUUUCAUCAUCCAAUGUUAUGAGGACCCUUCUUUAUGUUAAAAAAAAAGUUGAAUAUUUAUAAACUGAAGAGGUUCUUUUAAAUACUCAAAGGCGAUCAGAUGAUAGAAAUAUCCAAAAGGCUUCAUGCUAUGUUCUUAAAGGUUAUAUAUUCUAAAGGACUGCACCUUUACAAGAGGUCACUUUUCAAAUACUACAUGUUUACACCUUUUUUAAAAAAAGAUUUUAAAAUAGCGAUAGUCUGCAAUUUUUUAGCCAUUAUAGGUAUGUAUUUUAAGCGAUUCAGAUACAAAUUGGACAGUUGAACGUGCACAGCUUAAUGUAUUGGAAACCAGCUUUUUGGAACAUUUGCGUGCUAUGGAUUCCUACAAAACGCUAUCGGCACAAUGCAUGCCCAUUGGCUGUGUGAAAACGCAAAGAGUGAACACAUGAGCUUUGCCUUGGCACUCUCCGUGUACUUUAAAAGCUGGAUUGUGCUCUACAUUUUCCAGCAGAGUUGCUGUCAUGGCCUUAACUUAUAGUAUUAUAUAAGACGGUGCUUAUAAAUAUAUGUAUAUGCAUGAAGACGGUCGUGUCGUUAUUGGUCUGAGUCUUUUAAGUGAGCAAAUUAGAAAGUAAUAACCUUGCUAUGUACCAUCACUAAGGAUUUGUAUUUAUUUUUUUGGCAUUUUCCAUCCAAAUGUUUACGCUUUCAGCAGUAUGAUUUUUAAAAAGGAGACUUCAACCUUGAUUAAAUCAUGCUUCAUAUAUCCUUAUCCCAAAAAAAAGAAGUGUGCGAGAAAGAUAAGAGUGUGUGUCGGGUAUGAUAGGAUGACAAUAAUUUAUUCAACUUCUUUCAGUUCAGUCUAACUACAGUAGAGCCAUUGCAUCAAUGGUGAGUCAACACAAAGGGAAAGCCCAUUGAUCCAAUGGUUAUCCUAUAGUCCACAUUGGCAAUAUGACUUCGUCCAUUAUAAAUAAUUACUUCUACACUUGGCAAUAUUAUUUAGUGGGUGUCUUUCAGUAGCCAAACAGUUUGCAUUUUUGUAAAAAAAAAAUGCUUCUUUUGGUUCUUUUCACUAAAGCAUCACAAAAAGCCUUGUGUAGGACUACUGGGGUGCGUAUGUUUGCAAUUGAGCUUAGAGACACAUGGAAACUUGGUGCUGUCUGAAGGGUCUCAUGUGUUUGUGUGUGUGUGUAUUGUGAUCUCGACAAUGUAAAACCCUCCACCAAAAACAAUACGAAAAAGGUGCACGCGACUCGUUGAAACAGAUCCCGUCUCGCUUCUGUCUCGGUUUCAGGGGGCCGGGGGUGCUCUGCGUCCGUAUCUUGACAUCUGCGAUCUCAGGUCCCUUUAAAAUGAAAUGUUUCAGGGAUUUUUAAUGCCACUUAACGAUGGCAGACCAAAUGUAAUAUUUAUAUGCAAUGAGCAGAUUUUGUUUGUUUGGUUUUUUUGUAUUGUAAAAAUGUAAAUUUGUAAAGGUUUCUCUCUUUUUUUUCCCCUUAGUGGGUUUUGGAGGGAGGCGGGUGGGCAAUGCGAGCGGGGAGGGAAGUCACUUAAUGUAAUUUAGGAUGUUUCAUUUUCCAGUUGUGGGAUUCUCUUAAUAAAAAACAUCAAUUUUGA